AUGGAAGGAACGGUUGAGGUACAAGAAGCUGCGGAGAAGGCUGAGGCUGACAUUGAGACACCGGUUGCCGCUGAUGCUGCAAGCGGCAGCUUCGCCACCACAUUGUCCAAGCGGCAGCGGCAGCGGCUUCGGCAGCGCCAAGCCGGAGAAGAUGCACGAGCAUCUGGCCGCAAAGCGGAGCGGCUCGAGGCCCCGGUCAAGAGAACAAAGAAAGCAGAGGUUGCUACUGAGACAACUGGAGCUUCUGCCCCGGCAGCCGAAGCCAAAGUGGAAGCGGCAGACAUCCCAGCGGAUGGCUCAUCUAGCGGAGAGGAACCAAAGGCAGAUGAUGUGCAGGAGCCUCCACGGUCCUGGGCAGACAUCGCGGCAGGAAGACCUCCAAGGCCAUUGGGAGACGAAUCAGAGACAGCCAAGGGUGGGCAACUGUCGUUUGCAGUCGAUGCUCCGGACUUUGUACCCCUGGCAGCCAUGACUGAGAUGCCAUUCCAGGGUAUCAUCACCUUCUUCCCCAUCCAGGGAUCGGAGAAUGCUCCUGGAUACUGGGCUCAGGCAGGUGUCACCGAGGACAUGAUCAAUGGCUCUUACGUAUCUCCUUUCCAAUGGUCUUGUGAUCCAAAUUGCUUGCUAGAUACCAAGUUCUCUUCGCAGAUCCACCAGCAAUUUCACAAGACAAAGCGGUGCGUGGAGGUCUCAUGUCUGUCGUCCGAGACGAGCGCGUCCAGCUUCAUGAAGCAGCUGGAUGCAUGGGGGCUCGCAGGGACAUACGACUUCCUGCAUGUGGUGAAUGGCGGUGAUACGUGCACUGCCAUCAUAAACUUCAUCGAUCCUGUUUUUGUGAUGCUCUUCUGCUGCAUCUGCCAGGAGUACAACGUUCAAGGCAACAUCACUAUGGCUGAUGUGCAGGGACUGGAGGCUCUGACUAAGCACUGGUCACGUCUUGACGUUCAGAGCGAUGCCACGCAGCCCGUGAUCCUCCCCGACGCAAGACCAAAAGAUUGGGCUGUGAAUGCGGUGAACCACAUGCUGUCGCCACAGCCAUUCAAGCAUCAGUUCCGCAAAACGAAGAUGUGCGCCUACAUCAAGAAGAAGACAUGUGAACUUGGUCCGGGAUGUCCCUUUGCGCACUCUAAAGCAGAGCUGCAGCCAAUGCCAGACCUGGUAAAAACCAAGCUGUGCCACAAAUACUUCCAGAGGAGAUGUACGGACAUCCACUGCAAGUUCGCUCACGGUUCUGCAGAACUGCGAUCCGUGUGGACUCACAUGCCAUAUGGCACCUGGCCGCUGGAAGAGGCCGGUUGGCAUUGCAAUUGCUGCUUGCACAAUCUUAUUCAUCCUGUGAAAUCGCGCAAGCUUCCUGUAUAUUUUGGAAGGCUUUCAAUUGGAAUCCUCUCGAUGAGGCAGGCUUUUGUCAUGCAUGGAACUAGACCCAGGCAGUGCUAUGUUAGCAUGGGGUUCGUUUCGGCUUCGAUUUGUUCUAGAUGGGGUUGA